AAAUAAACGUGGGGCCAUGCUGCAUGUGUGCUUGCCGAUAACGUGCGAUAUUUCAUGGCUUUUAAUUCUUUGAUAGUUAAAUACUUACGUGUAAACAAUAGUCGUUAACAUUUGAUUAGCAUUUGAGGAAAAAUGGAACUCAAAGUGGUUGAAGACGUCGACACAGAGACUAAAAUUGCUAACCCUGUUAUUACAUCUUCAAUAUUAGACUCUUUUGAUUUACUGAAAGCUGCUAAAGAUGAAGAAAAGCUUACUGGUGGUGCUAGAAUUAUUAUGCAAAUCGUUAACAAUGAGGACAGCAAAGACUUCAAGUAUGCCCUAAAACGGCUUAUCAGGAGUUUAGGUGCGAACAUUCCUGAUAUAAGAACUGGGUACUUUGCGACUCUGGUAACUCUUCUAACAAGAAUAAAAUCUGUCACAAUCACACAAUUAUUACAGUUAGUUAAAAAAGAACUACAUGCUAAUAAUUCUUCUAAAAGCGAAGUUGGUGAUGUUGCUCUGGGCCAAAUACUUGUAUGUGGUGCUAUAUUUCGUUCAGGUCUAAUGAGGACAAGCACAGAACAAGAGCAAAAAGAAGUUCUGAAUUUGUUGAUAUCUGCAAGUAAAAAGAAAUCAUACGUAAGCACUAUUGCUUAUGUUAUAUUAAUAGAUUUCGUCAAUGGUCUUGAAGAAGAUGAAUUCAAUUCAAUUGUUUGGUCAAAUAUUAAGCAAAACUUUAAAAAAGAUAUUAAAGAGCACAGUCUUGACACACUAUACUUUCUUUUGACUGCGAGUAGAAAGUUUCCUGAUAAAGUCAAACUCAGAAAGCUUAUUGGAGUUUCUGAAGUGCUUUGUGAUGAUAAUAUUCAAGACACCAGUGAAAUAUUGAUGGCUGGCAUUGACUACAAUUUAGUGAAUCAUCCUAUCUAUGAAGAAAUUGGGAAACAAGUAGCAAAUUCACAACAUUUAAAGCAAUUUUGGACAUCUGGUAUUGAUAGCAAACUUGUCAAACACAAUAGAAAUAGAGAAUUGGCAAGUCUUAAUAUGUUUAAAGCCAUAGUAAACAACUUACAUGAAAAUGUUGAUGUAAUUCCAGAAUUGAUAAGUAAGAAUUUUUUUAAAUUAUUUAUGGAUUGGUUCAAAGGUCUGCAAACAGCAAGCAAAAUAAGAAAUAAAAGAGAUGAUGAAGAUGACCAUAAAAUCAUGAUAAAAAAAGAAAAAGAAGUACUUGCAGUCCUCUCUAAAGCCAUGAAAUUAGAAAGUGUGAACAAUAAAAUCAGAGUGGAGAUGUUGAAAAAACUUUUAUUCAAUCCAGGAGAGAUAAACUUUACUGAAAUAACUGGCACAACACUUAUCAAAUCAAUAAUUGCUGAUUUAGAUACAGACGGAGUCAGGAAUAUGGCUAAAAUGUUUAAAGGUGUUCUUAUGAAUACUACAAAAAAAUAUGUGAAAGAAAAUGUUGAAAGAAGUUGGUACAACAAUGAAAGAUUAAAAGCAGCAGAACUUAUUUCAUAUUUGGUGAGCCAUGAAGCUGUUAAAGACGAUACUGACUUUAAAUUGAAGUAUAUGAAAUUAUUGAUGUGCUUUGGAUUCUUUAAAUUUGGAGUUAAUGAAAACGAAGCUGUCAGUAAAGAUUUGUCAGAUGCCAUCAAAACUUGCUUUUACCGCUGCUUCACUUCAAAAUUCUCGAAUGUGGAUAGUUUGGUACUGGUAUUAUCUUCUCUUUGUAAUUUGAUUAGCUCAAGUCUUGAAAAAGAACAAAUUUGUACGAAAAUAGAAAAACAGUUUCCUAAAGAAAGUAUGGAAUGCUGGAAAAUGUUAACUCACAUUACAGAAUGUAUAGAGAAAAAAGAUUGCAAGUCAAAAGUAGACAAGGUUUUCCUUAUUUUGCUGUAUCAACUUGGUCUCUUCUUAUUCUCAGAGCCUGCUCACGUGAAAGUAGCUAGGGGCUCCAUCAAAGAACUGAAGAGUUGCUAUGAUCAUUACAGAAAAGAAAAAGAAAGUAAGGUCAAAAAGGUUGAGUUAACAGAUGAACCAGAAUGGGUAGAAGUGUUGAUAGAGGUCUUGUUGUCAAUAUUAUCUAUAGAAUCUAGUGUACUGAGAUCUGUUGUACAAUGCGUAUUUAGACUGCUGUGGGAAUUUCUUACUCCUUCUGCGAUUGGUCAAAUAGUGUCAGUUCUUGAUCCAGAAAAUGAAUCGAACCCAUUGGCUGAUGAAAGUGGAUCAGAACAUGAAAGUGAAUCUGACAGUGACAAUGAAGAAACUGCUGAUGAUUCUCAAAAAGAGGACGAGGGUGACAGUAGUGAAAGUGAGGAAGAUGAAGAAAUGAAAACUCCUGAUCAACUUCGAAUGGCAGUUCAAAAAGCUUUGGGCAGUGCAGGCACUGACAGUGAUGCUGAGAGUGUGGAUGCUGACAUGAUAGAUGAUGAAGAAGCCGAGAAGUUGGACGAAGCAUUAGCUGAAGCAUUUAAACAAUUUGGUCAAGGUAAGAGGCAAAAAAGUAAAAAGGAGAGAAGGGAUAAAAAGAAUUUAUCAGAUUUUCGCAUAAGAGUCCUUGACCUUUUAUCCAUAUAUUUUGAAAAAGAUCCCUCAAUGGAUAUCUGUCUAGCGAUGAUUGCCCCUCUAAUGAGAUGCUUAGAGUUUUGUAUACAAGAUAACCAAUUUAAAGAGUUGGAGGUUAAAACUAGAAAAACAAUAAAAUUGCUUACAAAAGUAAGGAAAUUUUCAUCCACAGAUGGCAUCACAAUGGAAAUAUUAUGUGAUUAUUUAAAGUCUACAAUUGACAAAGGAGCACGAUCACACUUUUUAUUUCAAGCUGUUGGAGAUGUGAUAACUUAUUUUGCCACAUUUAUAGUGCAUUGUUCAGUAAAGAUAGAUAGUAAUUCUUCAAAAUCUCCUAAAAAAAAGAAAACGUCAUCACCCAUUGCUGAUGUUUUAAAGGAAGCUUUACAAAGUUAUUUUAUUAAUCGUAACUGUUUGCUUCCUAUUAUAUUUUUCCACAGCAUAUUGCAAACAGAAUGGGAUGGCAAUUUCGUCUUAAUACCAAUAAUCAUAGAGAAUGUUUUCAACCACCAAGUACGACAAUUCAGGCGUAAUGAAGGUCUUGAUUUAAUGGUAGGUUUUUAUCGCGCCUUGAAAAGGAACAAACCAUCAAAUAAAUUUAUAUUAACAAAAUUAUCGAAUAUAGAGGCAACAUUUGAAAAUACAUUAAAAAAUAACUUUCAAACUGAAACAAAUAUAGAAGUAAAAAAGAAUUUUCUUGUAGUUCUUAAAAAAUUGAUCAACAAUAUCAAAAUGUUCCAUGAAAGCUGCCAUAUAGAAACCAAUCUCGAUUUUCAGUCCCUCUUACAUAUUUUGAGCUCACAGAAGGGUGUAAUAAAAGGUAAAGAAAAUGGUUCAAAAAGGGAAGAAGGUAAGCAACAAAAUAAUAUAAUGAAAUCAAAGAAGAAGAAACGAAAAUCUAAUGAAAUAAAUGGACAUUCCGAACCACAGAAGAAAAGGUUACGUGGGGACUCAAUUAAGAGUGAAGAAUAAAAUGAUACAUAAUAAAAUGUGACAGAAAAUUAAUGUGCAUUUAUUCCUUAAAUUUUACUCCACAUCAGGGAAUCAAUUUAAUCCUUGAAACGCAAUUAUUUUCUAGCACUCAUCAAAAUCAUUGACUUUGAGGUAUGUUUUAAAAGGGGGGGAGGGGCAGCUGCCCCCCCCCCCC